CACAGAGCCUGGAUUUUAUUUUUGAUUGAGUAACCUGUAUCCUGCUGACCAAGAAACCAGAUUUAAACUCUCCUUUCAUUAGUGUUUAGUUGUUUUUCUUCCUUGUUGGAAGAGCUCAGCAGUGGCUCCUGUUCAAUGACAGUGUGCUGCUAAUGGGUGUAAGUAAAUUAGAUGUCUUGUACCGAAAGCUUCUCCUCACUAAACUUUUCAUCAGAGGAUGGGGAAAGCCAGAGGACCUGAAAAGAAUAUUUGAAUUCAGAAAGAUUAUUGGAAACAGGGAAAAAUGCCAGACGCUGGUUUCGAAAGAUUACCCUGUGUUCAUUGACAAGGUUGAGGGGCAAUCAGACUGUAAAAUCCUUGAAGGGCAUUUCAUUUCCCCCUUGGCUCAUUGUGUCCCAGGUAUCCUGCCAGUUGAAUCUCUUGUAGCAAGAUUUCAGUUCAUCAUACCCAGAAGAUGGAAUGGCAAGCACAGACCUGUGUGCAUUCAUUUAGCAGGCACUGGAGACCAUCACUUCUGGAGGAGACGCACAUUAAUGGCUCGGCCAAUGAUUAAAGAAGCCUGUAUGGCUUCCCUGUUGCUCGAAAAUCCUUACUAUGGCUGUAGAAAACCUAAGGAUCAAUUACGGUCAUGUUUAAAAAAUGUCUCGGACCUGUUUGUGAUGGGAGGAGCUCUAAUUCUAGAAUCGGCAGCUCUUUUGCACUGGCUAGAGAGAGAAGGCUAUGGACCCCUAGGGAUGACUGGAAUAUCCAUGGGAGGACAUAUGGCUUCACUGGCAGUGACAAACUGGCCUAAACCAUUGCCAUUGAUUCCAUGUCUGUCCUGGUCAACAGCCUCUGCAGUCUUCACUACGGGAGUGCUGAGUAAGGCAGUGAACUGGAGAGAGUUGGAGAAACAGUAUUUUACAGAAACUGUGUAUGAAGAAGAAAUUAUUCAAAUGCUUGAAUAUUGUGGAACGGAUUCUUUCAAGAUGGGACAAGACUUUGUGAAGAACUUCCCUGACAGCGUGGACAGUCUGGCAGACAUGGACAUGACUUCCAGAAUAUUCAACUUUGAGUCCUUGAACGACACUGUACCUAAAGAAUCUGUUCACAGCUUUGCCACAAAUAGAAGUGCUCUAAGUGCCUCUUCAGAAAGACUCUUAAUGCAAGAUGCUCCUAAAAUGCAGUGCAUAAAUCAAACCUUUUCCACCAGUAGCAGUAGCAAUAAAAACUUAACCAGCCCACAAGGACACAGGGUAAAUACAAGGAGAAGGAGUGAAACUUUACAGAGAGAAUCUUUAAUGUUCAUGAAGGGAGUAAUGGAUGAAUGUACCCAUGUAGCUAACUUCCCAGUUCCAGUUGAUCCCAGUUUAAUCAUAGUAGUACAAGCCAAGGAGGAUGCGUACAUUCCUCGCACCGGCGUGCGCAGCCUCCAAGAGAUCUGGCCAGGGUGUGAAAUCAGGUAUCUGGAUGGAGGUCAUGUCAGUGCCUACCUCUUCAAACAAGGACUCUUCAGACAAGCGAUUUACGACGCAUUUGACCGCUUCCUCCAGAAAUACACCAUGUGAUCUUUCUAAUGCAUUCAGACUGAUCUCAUUUGUAAUUCAGCUUACUGGAACUCGUGUUUGGAAAACAAGC